AUGAAAACGGAAAAUGAUCACGUUCUUAGUACGGCCACUUGCGGUGACUUGAGGAAAAACGUGGAAAUAAAAGGCCAUCCUAGAUAUAUAACGAGUGAGGGCUAUCAUGGCCUCAAUAAAAUAUCCAGUAAGAAAUCAAUGGUACGCUCAACUAGUACAAUAUUUUACGAUCUAGAUGAAGUAGCGAAAAGGCAUUCGUUUCACUGUCUGAAAGAAAAUGUUUUAUCUAACAACAAUAUAUUAAAGCUAGUGAAAAACCCAACGAAUAAGAACAUUCUCGGUGGAAAAUCCGAAACCAUCGUCCAAGAUUGUGCGAUGCAAGUACAACCGAAUUUUAAAAUUUAUGACAACGCGGGUCUUAAGAUUAAAAGGAUUAAAAAACGUAAUGACCAUGACGAAAUUCUAUCAUCUGAAAUAUUUUUGAGAGACGACGAGCAAUUAUGUAAUCAGUUUAAAACACAGUGUUAUUAUGAGGAUAAUGCUCCCAAUAGGAAUCAAAAAUUUUGGUCCUAUGCAAAAUAUCAAACAGAAAAAUCGGAUGUGGUUUCAGAAGAAAAAAAAUCGAAAAGAAAGGACCGCGGUAAACGCACCGAAGAUCCUUGUCCUUGCCAAUUAUUUUCAUACGCGUGUCCUUGUACCAACAAAAAGUCUCUCACUGAAUUAGCAAGGAACAGCAAGUCAUUAACUGUUGCAGAUAACAUAACAAGCACCACAAAUAUAUUCAGGAGUGAACAAAGAAGUAGUAAUAAUACUAAGAAGAAGAAUAAGCACAAAGUUCUUAGCGAUGAUAAAUCAAACACACGUGGACACGUUGACAACAAUAAUGUUGUAACAAACGAACAUAUUAGUGAACUAAUGAACAGAAAUGAUUUAAAUUUGAUUGUGGAUAAGCCUACUGAUAAGAGCCACAAUAAAAGUAAAUCUUCAAAUAAAAAAGUGAGAAAAUUGAUCUGUCCAAAGUGCAAAGAAAAGGUAGAAGUUAUAAGUAUUACUGAAGAUGAAAAUGCACAUAGCAGUUCGAUAAUCUAUCACAGUAAGGAAAUAUCGUCUACAACUGCAUACGCAUACAGGGCAUCGCCAACCGCACAAGAAAGUAGAAUUGCAAAUGAUGAUAUAUGCAACCAUGAACCGCGUUGUGAGUUAGUCCCUGUAUGUCAAAUAUUACCUUGUGAUGAAUAUGAUUGCGAACAACAUAAAUACAACAAACAGUCAGCGAUUCCAAAGUCAACCCCUCGAGUUCUACGAAUCACAAAAGCAUGUAGACACCACCCUCCAUGUACCGUUGUCCCUUCCUGUCAAAGGGCUACCGUAUUAAAAAACAAUUGCGAAUUCAUUCCUCCUUGCCUACACCGUCCUCGAUGCAUAAAUCUUCCUCUUUGUGUACCCUUACCUAAAACCCCUCAUCGCGAAGAAUAUUUACCCAAACCUACAGAAGAUGAUAAUAUUAAUUACCCACAUUAUUCGAGAUGUACGUAUAUCCCGAUGUGUCAGCACGAUUCACACAAUUUGGAUAAACAAAUACAUAUGGUUUCUCGAUUGCAAAACCAGUGCGAAUUCAUGACGGGAAUUCAGCAAGCACCAACUUAUUUAAUUGAACCGCAUCCGCAAGGCAUACCGAAGAACGUAUCUUCUUGUAAAAAGUCUCGGGUUCCGUGUUCUUGUAGAUCGAAUAAAUCAUGUCAGUAUAAUUGUAUCGAAUGUAAAUGUCGUAAUUCGCAUUUGUCACCCAAGAAGAAUUUAAGUAACGAGACAGUUGUAUUCAUCAGAGAUGUGGGCUGUCAGUUCAGAAACAAAACAUAUUCGCCAAUAGAUUCAGUGAUACGUUCGAAGUCAUCAAGCGCGUCAUUUGAUUAUGUAAAAAUGGGGGACUACUGUACGAAUAUUCACACCUUGAGGUACGAAGAUAAAUUUACAUCGCCAAUAUCGCGAAUAGAGCUUUUUAUGUCUUCGGGAUCAUCGUCAGAUGAAAUCAGUCCAGGCUGUCAGUCUAAUGGCAUGCAUGAUGAACAAAGUAGCCAUAAAAUUGAAAAAAGUGGUUUUAAUCCCAAUGCCACAUAUAUUACAGCGUAUAACACCCAAAUGGAGCCUCGUUCGUGUGGAAUUUUCCAUACGUAUUCCUCCAAAUAUCGUGACUGGCUAUAUCCUUCCCAAACGAAAUCACGAAAAAGUUUCUCGAAAAACAAGAACAAAAGAAUGUUUGCUGUGAAGACACGAAGAAAAUCUAGGACGAGCAAACACGCUAUCUGUUGUCAGUCGAAAAAAGCUGUAUACCCGGAACAAAAGAGGUCUUAAAUGUAAACGUCACUAAAUUUGUGUUGACAUAAAAAGUAUUGA